AUGUCCGGUCGCGGCAAGGGAGGCAAGGGUCUUGGCAAGGGCGGCGCCAAGCGUCAUCGCAAGGUGCUCCGCGAUAACAUCCAGGGCAUUACCAAGCCCGCCAUCCGUCGUUUGGCUCGCCGCGGUGGCGUGAAGCGUAUCAGUGGUCUCAUCUACGAGGAGACGCGAACCGUGCUCAAGAACUUUUUGGAGAACGUCAUACGCGAUUCCGUCACCUAUACUGAGCACGCUCGCCGCAAGACUGUGACAGCUAUGGAUGUCGUCUAUGCCCUCAAGCGCCAGGGCCGCACCCUCUACGGCUUCGGUGGUUAA